AUGGUGUUAGGGGUGGUAGGUGGAAGGAAGGGGGUGUUAGAAGGAAGAUUGUUAGAAGUUACUUGUAAAGACAGUAAGUUACAGCAAAGCUUAAAGGAUGUAAUAGAUAAGUGGCACAAGGACAAGGGAAAGACACAAAAUCCACAGAAGGACUGGGACCAAGUGUGGAUGGAAAUCCUGCAAAUGAUCGAGCCACUCUCUAACUACAUAUCUACCUAUAAAUCAAGUGUGGAAGAAACCUAUUGUAAAAACCCUAGUGGACAAGGCACCAAGUGGACAGAAGCAGAUAGGAACGCGUGUAUGCUUAUUACUGCAGGAUUAAAGCAUAUCUACGAAAUUAAAGAGGACCCGGGGAAAGAGGGCGACGUAGCCAAGAAGAAUGACAGAAUAUUUAGACAAACAGCGGCAUGUAUCAUAUUAAAUGAACUCAUAAGGAAAUUGCAAGAAAAGGCUAAUUCCUGUACCCAGGUGAUAACCAUAGAGGAGGGAAUAAAACAUGCCUUCAGUGUCAGCUCACAAAUUAAGAACUCUGUAUGCGCGAAUGAUAAUGAUUGUAUUAUGUGCAUACAGGAAGACUAUUCAAACUGUACAAUGAACAAAGAACAAGUGGGAAACAAGUUAAAGGCGAAAUUCGAUAACGACGCAGAAAUAAAGAAAGCACUAGAAGACAUAUAUCCACCUGCGAACCCCUCAUCCACCUCUGGAACAGCCACUAUUAGGGGAUGGUUCACACGUUUUUCGGAGGAUGUAACAGGAAAAGACGAACAGCAGUAUGACGAGCUAGAACAUAUGUUAGAAUUAUGCAAUGAUGAUGGAGAGGAUAAUGGGUUUAAUGGCAAAGUAGACCUGAAGGAAUACAAAGAAUUCUGUAAAAUCAUGGUAAAGAAUAUAAUAUUGACGACAGGCGUUCCAAAGGAAUAUAAAAACAAAGGAGGACAAACACCGUGUGAGAAGAAAGUGAAAAAUAUUCCUGUGUGUGAUUUAUUAAAAGUAUGGAUGUAUUAUAUGCAUAUCUUCUGUGUACCGGAAGCAGUUAUAAAACAUUUCCUUGACGCUGUGAAACAGGUAAGGGAUGGAUUUAAAAGAGGAUUAAUUAAGGAUUAUAAGUAUGUGGAAUGUGCCUAUGAUGCUGCAUUUAAGAUUCCUGUUGGAGACAGAAGAUAUAUGGAAAGUGAAGCGUACGAAGUAUUUUCCAAAAGUACGUUGUAUGAAAAAAUAAAAGCAUUAACUAACAAGAAAGCAUGGUGCAAAGAGGCGCCUAAGCGUCCAAGCCCUGGACGGGCUGAUCAGGAAAAGGAGGAUCAGGUGAUUAGUGGUGAAUUUGAAAAUUUAAAGAAUCUCUUUACAAAAAUUGAUGAGAAAUUUCAAGAGGAGGAAGAACCACAGAAGCAGGACGAAGAAGACCCUCCUCGAGAAGAAGAUCCUCCUGGGGAAGAAGGGGAACUCGACGACGUCGUCGAAGACGACGAGGAGGAGGAGGAAGCAGAGUCAGAAGCAGCGUCGAAGGAUCCUGAUCAAGCAGAGGACACAGAUGCACAAGACCCUGAGGUACCAGACGCACAAGUAACAGAGAAAGACAGUGAAAAAGAAGCAACCCAGGAAGUUAAACCAGCUCUUCCUGAGGACGACAGCCGGGAAGCCCCAUCCUACAGCGGCAGCAGUAGUUCCUCAUCAAGUGCUGAUCCAGGUGCUGGUAAACUGGGUGGUUCAUUACCUGGUGCCCCCGUCACCACUACUGCUUCCGCACGCACUGACAAGAUGGACAAUCCCGUCCUUCCUUACCUCCCUCUUACUCCUGCCGUGCUUUGUAUUUCUAUCAUGAGCUACUUACUCUGGAAGUACUUUGGAAUGCUUCGCAAGACAAGAAAACGUUACAGAAGAGCUCAUCAAGUACGUGGUCCCUCCUUAGAACAGCAGAUUGUUGACCAUGUGGAUCAAGAUCGUCCACAUGCAUAUACCUUAGUAAAAAAACGCAAACCUCGUUCUACGCCUAUAAAAAGAAGGAAAAAACAGGGCGUUGGUCGUCGCCCUGUUGGUCGCCGUGGUGGUGUACGUCGCCGCAUGAUUAUUGAUAUUCAUUUAGAAGUAUUAAACGAAUGUCAAAUGGGGGACACCAAACUGGUUCAAGAGGACUUUUUUGAAAUUUUGGUUCAAGAAUUUAUGGGAAGCAAAUUUAUGGAAGAAGAAAAUGUUCCUAAGGAACAAGUUCAAAGUUGA